GUCCAAACUGAAAAAGGCGGUCUAAUUUCAAAUUUUCAAUUCAUUUUCUGCUAGCAUCUCUAUCACCACCAUUCCAUUGCAUCAGCUUUCAAUUCAUUCCUUUUGCUUUUCAAAUUUUCAAUUCACAAUCUCAUCAUCACAAACUUCAGUCACCAUAAACAAACCCUAAUUUCACAAUUUCCAAUCAAUGAAUUCGAAACUCUAAAUUUGUAUAGACAGCUUCACUCAGCAUGUCAACAAGCUAUCGAAUUAAACCAAAUCACUCACCGGAAGAAGCAAACGAGAAUGAAUUUGAACAAUCAUCGUCGUCAGUAGCAGUAGCUCAUAAUUUUCCACCUCCAAGAACGCCACUAAACGCAAUUACUGAUCCAUCUCAGUACUACACUGAAUCCGACACAGCUCGACUUGGUAGAUUUUCAAGUAAGAAAUUCGAGGCUGUGGAUAGAUUUGGAAGUGACUAUGGGACACCGGCACUUAGGGUUUCGUCAAUUCGUCAAGGGAGAGUGAGUUCAGAGGCGAACUCCGUGCAAAGUACGCCAGCAAAAUGUAGCUCCAGAGUUUCUCUAGGUGGAGGAGGAACUAUGGGGACUUAUGGUAGAACUAAGGGGAGAGAUUUGUACUCGAUUAUUAAUAACAGGUUUUCGAGUGGGAAUUCCAUGGAAAACUCUGAUUAUUCAGUACAAGUUCCGCAUUUCGAGCUUGAUGAAAAUCCUUCGUUUUGGGCGGAUCACAAUGUACAAGUUUUGAUAAGAAUUCGGCCGCUUAGCAACAUGGAGAAAGUUUCGCAUGGUUAUGGUCGCUGUUUGAAGCAGGAGAGCUCACAAACACUAGUAUGGUUUGGUCAUCCUGAGACCAGAUUCACAUUUGAUCACAUAGCCUGCGAAACCAUAUCACAGGAAAAGCUAUUCAGGGUUGUUGGACUACCCAUGGUGGAAAACUGUAUGUCUGGGUACAAUAGUUGUAUGUUUGCUUAUGGGCAGACCGGUAGUGGCAAAACACAUACUAUGAUGGGUGAGAUAAAUCAGCUAGAAGACAAUAUCAAUGAAGAUUGUGGGAUAACUCCUCGCAUAUUUGAGUAUUUAUUUUCAAGGAUCAGAAUGGAAGAAGUGAGUAGGAGGAAUGAGAAACUGAGGUUCAACUGCAAAUGUUCUUUUUUGGAAAUUUACAAUGAGCAAAUAACAGAUUUGAUGGAGCCUUCAUCGACCAAUUUACAACUUAGAGAAGAUUCAAAGAAAGGCGUAUAUGUUGAAAAUCUUACAGAGUAUCAUGUGGAGACUGUUAAUGAUGUCACCAAGCUUCUAUUACAGGGUGCUGCAAAUAGAAAAAUGGCAGCAACCAACAUGAAUAGUGAGAGCAGCCGUUCACACAGUGUAUUCACUUGUAUCAUCGAAAGCUGGUGGGAGAAAGGUUCCACAACCCACUUUAGGUUUGCAAGGUUAAAUUUAGUAGAUUUGGCUGGCUCUGAAAGGCAAAAAAGCUCUGGUGCUGAAGGAGAUCGUUUAAAAGAAGCAGCAAAUAUAAAUAAAUCUUUAUCAACUCUAGGAUUGGUGAUGAUGUCUUUGGUUGAUUUAGCACAAGGAAAACAUAGGCAUGUUCCCUACAGAGAUUCUCGGCUUACAUUUCUACUUCAGGAUUCCUUGGGUGGAAACUCAAAAACAACAAUCAUAGCAAAUAUCAGUCCAUCUAUGUGCUCUGCAAAUGAAACACUAAGCACUCUGAAAUUUGCCCAACGUGCGAAACUCAUCCAAAACAAUGCUAAAGUGAAUGAAGAUGCUUCAGGGGAUGUUGGUACUCUUCAGCGACAAAUUCAACAAUUAAAGGACCAAUUAUCCUUUCUCACGCGCCACUUUAAUUUCUCGGUGAGUGCUCCUAGCUGUGUGCCAAAUUUUGAAGAAUCCAGUUUGGCUAGCAACCCCCAUAUAAUCAAUUCCUUGAAAGAAAAAGGAGAAGCAGAUAAUCAAAAUUUAAUUAGUAUUGCACAUGAGAAGGUGAAAUCUAUGGAAGCUACUUUAGUUGGAGCACUUAGGAGAGAAAAGAUGGCAGAAAAGGAACUCUUGAAGUUUGAGGCCAAAAUUGAGCUUGUAAAUCAAUUUGCUUGCCAAAGAGAGGAAGAGCUGGAGCUUGCUAGAACGAUGCUAGAACUUCAAGAGGCAAAAAAUAAGCAUCUAGAAUAUUUAGUAGAUGGUUCAUUGCCUUCUGAUCACUUUCUUAUGGAAGAAAAUAAAGCUUUAAAGGAAGAGAAUCAGUUGCUUCAAGCAAGAGUUGACAAAAUUCCACAAAUGAAAUGUUUUGCUUUGGACAAUUUAAGACUUCAUGAAAAGCUUCAAGUGUUCCAGAAUUUUUAUGAGCAAGGAGAACGAGAAACACUAUUGGCCGAAACCUCCGAGUUACGAGAGCAGCUUUUGGACACGCUUGAAAGAAAGAUAGAAUCCUCCUCCACUUUUGAGAAUCAUGAUGGUGGUAUUCUAGAAGAGUUGGAGGAGUGCAGGAACAUAAACUCCCAAUUGAUGAGAGAAGUAGAAGAGUUAAAAGCAGAAUUACGAAAACACUCUAGCUGUACUCAUGCUGCUUUUGAUGCUUUAACAGAUUCUUUUUGGAAGGAUUCCGUUGAAAUUAGACUUUCAGAUAGAUACUCAAUGGUCGAAACUGUAUCCACUGAAUGUGACUAUGGAGAUGAGAUGGCAUUGACCGGUCAGGCAAUAAGGAACUCUAUGUUUGAAGUUGGAAGUGAUCGUCUACAGAGUUUAGAAAAACAGAGCAAAGUUAUAGCGAUGGAGGGCAAUGAAGAAAUGACUGCCUUGCAAGCUAAGCUGGAAAAACUAACUAAAGACCUUGAGCAGGCCAAGUUACUUAACUUCAAAUAUCAAGAGGAUCAAACAUCACAAUUAUCUCACCAGCAUCAAGUUGAAAUAAUAUGUGAACAGGUUGAGGCAGAGACUACAAAAACGAUUAUUCAUUUACAGGAAAAGGUUACUGCUCUUCAAAUAGAACUUAAUGAGAAAUUAUGUUGCAUGGCUCGAGAAAACAUGAAACUAAAGAAAAACAUACAUGAUAGAGAGGAAGAAAUAACCGUGCUAUGUGGAGAGUGGGAAAACGCAACUUUUGAACUAACAAGCUUCCUUUUGGAAGGUUCAAAAUCGCUUGAAGAUGCCUCAGGUCAAAUUGAAAGUAUCAUAUGUUCAUUUCCUCAAGCAAAUGUUUGGAUUAGAGAACAGGUUGAGAGGGCUACCCGAGCUUGCAUUAAUAAGGAAGAAGCGAUUUUACAGCUAGAGAAAAGUUUGGAAGAUACUCAGAAGUUGGUGAUAGAAAUGGAGCUAAAAAUAAGAUCUUUGAAGGAAGCAACUCUAGCUUUGAAUGAAUUUCCACAAUCAGAUUGUGAUGAAAGCAUAGAGGAGUCGAUCAACUUACGGAUGCUGUUGAAUGAGAAGAUCGACAUGAUAAAGCUGCUAGAGAGCCAACUUAAGUGCAAGGAGGAUCACAUUUUGGAAGCAGAAAAACGUGCCGGUGCUGCAUUUCUAGUGAUGAAAUGGCUAUCUGACUAUCACAAGGAAUCUCUCGGUAAUGACAUCGGAAGAGGCAUUCACAUCUCAAAAUGGGUUUAUCCUGCUAUAGAAGAUAUUGAUGCUCAAAUUAGCUCAGGAAGUUUAAUUAUAGAGUCUGGAAAUGCUGUUGAUGCAUUAUAUAUGGAUGUCGAGAUGCAUUUAGCAUCCAUCCGAAGAGAUACCUUUGAAGCUUCUACAACAUACAUGAACUACAUUCAAGACUUGGUGAAAGAAAUUCAAGAGAUGAGGAGUAAAUUCAUGGAAUUAAAAGAGAAUAAAACGGGUUUUCAGUCUUCUGCAAUCCGAUUGCAAGCAUCAAAAUCACUUAUGUUUCAACCUUUGGAGAACCAGCACACACUGCAUGCAGUAAGAGAUGAGCUUGCUAAAGGGAUUGACAAGCUUAAAAUCAUUGAAGAUUCUAUUAGCAAAAAUGAUUAUCUAGUAGAAGCUGACAAUUGGAGUUCUGAUUAUUCUCUGUCAAGUUAUUCAGCAUCAGAUAAUGACUUUUCAAAUGAAAUUGUUGUUUCUCCAAACCAAUUGGAUGGACAUACUUGUCACUCUAUGUUUUCUGGAAAGAUACCUGAAGAGAUUGUCGACCUAACAUUUCAGAUGGACUUAUCAGCUGAAAACGGCACCGAAGAUUUGAAGAAGACAUUGGAAAAUUCGCAUCACAAUGAAGCAAUGACAUCGUGCAUAAGAAAGGAGGUGAAGUUGGCAAUUACUGCUUUUAACAGCCUGUAUGCUCACUUAACCACAAUUCUUGAUGAGAAGAAAAUUGUAGAUAGUUCCUGUCCAGGAGGGACGAAUAAUAGUUUUGGGUCGAGGAUGGAAAUUGAAGAAGUUCUGGCUCCUAAUAAUAGUGAGGUAGCUUCUGAUGAUAAGGUUAAUCAUGUUCAUGCUAGCACUUUCAUCUGCAAAUUUGAGGAAGCUCGUGAAACAAUGAUGGAAGCUGAUCAUAUGUUGAAUGCAUUACUAAAAGCAAAUGAAAAUGCAAAAGAAUUGAAUGAAAAGUGGAAGCAAGCAAGUGAGAAACUGAUGGUGGAGAGGUCACAAUUAGUUGAAGAAAAUGAGCAGCUUAAGGCUUCAAUAAAUUUGAAAGACGAAGAAAACAAAUUAAAACUGGAUGAAAUUUGUAAUGGUCUGGUAGAACUAAGAGAGUCUAUAUCUUUGUUUGAAGGAUGUUUUCUGCAGAUGCAAAGAGUAGUGAAUGACAGUUGCAAGUUCUUAUUUUCAGAUGUGUUACACAUGGGAAACGAGAUGCUUCAUUUCAUUUGCAACUCAAGAUCAUCACUGGAAGAUAUUUUCUCUGAGAUAAUGGAGAAGGAAUUUGCUCACUUUGUAAUGCAUCAAUGUGUUGUAGAAGCAACUAUCCACAGAAUUCGAAACUUUAGUGUACAAUCUGAAAUUCACCCAUCUGAACAAGAAGAAUGCCAUAUGGUAACUAAUUCUUCACAAACAGUUUACAACAAUAGUCAAGAUGAUACUGUUAUUUCUCAUAACAAGGUGGCAGGAGGAGAACAAUUGGGUAUAUUGAAUGAAACUAUGACGUAUAAGAAUUUGUCACUGGAAAAAGAACUGCAAAGGAAAGAAGUUUUGUUGAAGGGUUUGCAUUUGGAAUUUAGUUUUCUGCAAGAAGCUGUCUCAAAGAGAAAAGAUAUAAAAGAUGAAACUCAGAAGCUAAUUUUAGCUUUGAAUGAAGUUCGGUAUGAGCUUGAGAUGAAAACAAGUCAGUUUGAUAACCUAUUGGUUCAGUAUAAAAAGUUUGAAGGCUAUCUGGCGGAUUCUAAAAAUGCUUUGUCCAUAUCAAAUUCUGAUCUUUGCAAUGCGAAGGAAAAAAUAGAUACAUUGUCAAAGGAAAAUACAGAGUUAAAAAUGCAGCUAAAAGAUCUAUAUCUGAAAAAAUCUGAAGCUGAAGAACAGAUGAAAGAACAGAAGGAGGUAGUCAGAGGCCUAGAAAAGGAAAUCAUCCACUUAACUUCAGCUGUUGAGAAAGAAAUAAGUUCUUCAGUUGAAGGCUUGGAGGAAGACUUAAGAAAGGCUGCUGAUGAGAGAGAUCAACUCCGUGAAGAAAUUUGCUCCUUGAAUGAUCAGCUCGAGGUGGCAUAUGCAUUAGCCGAUGAACGUGAAGCUAUCUCUGUUGAAUCUCGACAUGAGUCGGAGGCAAGUAAAUUAUACGCUGAACAAAAGGAAGAAGAGGUCAAAAUUUUAGAACAUUCCGUUGAGGAGCUUGAUUCUACCAUUAACGUUUUGGAGAAAAAGGUGUAUGAAAUGGAUGAGGAGGUAGAAAGACAUAAAUUAGUUAGAGAGUCAUUAGAACUGGAACUCCAAGCUUUGAGAGACAGAUUGUUGACAGCAGGAAACUUCACCGACAUUAUAAAUUCCGUAAAUGCAACUGCUGCACAGAGUGAAGAUCCUGUAUCCAGGCAAUUUCAGCAUAGAUUAUUGGAACUUCAUGAGGCUCAUAAUCAGAUAAGACUUCUUGAGAGGGACGUUGCACAAAAGGAUGAAGAGAUCAAGCAAUGGAAAGAGUACAUUUCUGAACUUGUUUUGCAUUCUGAAGCCCAAGCAUCACAGUACCAAAAGAAGUACAUGACUUUGGAAGCCAUGGUGCACGAGGUUAGUUCAGCAGCUGCGCCGCCGCCACCACCGGAUAAUAGUGGGAAAAGCUCAAUAAGGACAAGGGGCUCAAGCUCACCAUUCCGGUGUAUCUCAAAUUUGGUUCAGCAGAUGAAUUUAGAAAAGGAUCAGGAACUGUCUGUGGCAAGGGUUCGUGUACAAGAGCUAGAAGCAAUGCUGGCUAGUCGACAAAAAGAGGUAUGCAUGCUAAAUGCUAGACUGGCUGCAGCAGAAAGCAUGACACAUGAUGUCAUUCGUGAUUUACUCGGGGUCAAAUUGGAUAUGACCAAUUAUGCAAAUUUAAUUGACCAGUGCCAAGUCCAAAGAUUACUGGAGGCAGCUCAUAAUCACACUGAGGAGUACAAAGCAAAGGAGCAGGAAACCCUCAACUUGAAGAGACAGAUUAAUGAUCUGAUGGAGGAAAAAGAGAGAUUGUUAAAUCAACCCUCAGAUGCAUCUUAUGACUGCAGUUGCAUAUUGGAGUUGACUCAGAAAGAAUCAGAAUUACUUGAUGCUCAGAUAACACUGGAGCAACUACAGGAGCGAGAUCAGUUGCUUUCUCAACAGAAUGAAAUGUUGAAGAUGGACAAGACCAAUCUACUGAAGAAAGUUGUAGAACUAGAUGAUAAACUGAAAACCCUUUUGGGAAAACAGAGUACCCAAAACCAACUUCAAAGAACAUCGAAAAUUAAGGAGAAGAUGGAUAGUGACCAUUUGACUAAGAAACUGGCACACUCCGAGAAGAUUCUUUCUCGUGUGACUGAUGAACUUGCACAUUAUCAGAACUCUAGCAGUAAUCAACUGCAUUUCGACAACCGACGUAGCUCUAGAAGAUGAAUGAACUGAGCACAGCGUUCUGUCUGUUGCAUAUGCUGAAAAAUUAGACGACAUUUUUGCAAGAGUCUACUGCCUUGUGAUUGUCAGAGAGACAUGCAGCACUGCAAGGCAGAUUCCACUUAUUGUGUGGCACAGCAAAUCCAGAAGCUGUUAGCCGUAAAUAUCUUUAACAGUAUUGAUUGAUUUUUACUUGAAAGUUGUUCCACGGCGUGAGCAGUUAAAUUCCUGUAUGUAAUAGCUUUUUCAUUAUUUAAUAUGCCGAAGCUGUUUUAUUGUUCUGUAAAACUGUAAAAGUAAAGAUUUGGUUUCAGUAUUCAA